UCAUUGUUAAGUACAAUAUAUGCGGAUGUAUCAACAAAACUCGAUAUCAUCGGAUUAUAUUUUAAUUCAUAAUAAUCUCAAUUUAUUUACUAUUUACUAUGGCAUUCUUCACCUGUUCAUAUUUUGUUAUUUCAGCCAGCAAAGCGGCCACGACUGGAUAAUGACAAUCAUCAGCCGGCAGUCAAUCCUCAUCCUCUAGAGAUGUUUGCACAUACUGCCUUCUCUUACCACACAGAAUAUAUCUCACGUGAAGAGACAGGUUGUGGGUCCACAGACACACAGGCCGAUGGACAGGAAAAGAGUCACGUGAUUCAACCAGCUAGGGAGACCAGGCCCGGACCUACUGACAGUCAGACCAGCAAUUACACUCAAAUACAGAAUGGAUCUAAACAGGAAACGAUAGAGAAAAGUCCGGUGAAUCUACCAGCUGUGGAAACUUGGUUCGAUUCUACAGACAGCAAGUACCUGCUAUCAGACCAAACGGCUACCCUGGAAGAGGGUGAUGAGACACCAUCAGAUACACUGGACUAUCUGUUGUCUCUUAUCAAUGAGUAUCUUUACGAGACUACAGGAGUGCCGAGUGCUUCAUCUGUAUUACAAAAGAUAACAGAACCUGUAAACGAUGCCGAUUUGGUCCGAAAAGCUACUGUCACUGAUGAGUAUUCUAGAUGGCCCACUACUGGUGGUCUACACACGCUACCGCAGAUUGCUUCGUCGGCAUCCGCCAUGAUGGCCUCCGUCGAUGGAGAUAGAUCUCGGAGCCUCAUUGUUGAACAUAAUCUGCCGUCCUGUAGCGGCUCUGUCAUCAAGUCCCACUCAGGGACCGAACAAACCACGUCUACAGAUAGUGGACUGAAGUCUGAAUCUGGAUCCAUCAGGCUCAAAAAAGGUGUGCCUCGCAGACGGUCCUCCAAAGAGAGCGAGUCGAAAACAGAGGCUAGCCUUGAGCUUGCGUCGCGGACGCAUUUCUCCGAGGAGGACACAACAAGAAAAAGUGCGUCUCGUAAGCGUUCACGUGAGAAGGAUGCGUCCUAUGAGAGUGCGCCCCGGAAGCGUUCACAUGAGAAGGAUGGGUCAUAUGAGAGUGCGCCCCGGAAGCAUUCAUCUGAAAAGAGUGCGUCACAUACUAGUAAACAAUCUUCCACAAAGAAAGCCAUACAAAAAAGACGCUUUUCUAGAUCUAAAUCUCCCGACAACGCACUCGAACGUACUCAACACAAAAAGGCUAAGUGCGGCACCAGUAGUUGUGAAGGUCAGCGGGAAAAGGACAAAGACUCGGAGCGGUCUCGGCAUGCGCAAUUUGUAAAGAAUCAGGGGACAUCUCAAGCUCCCCAGAACGUAAAGAAUCGAGAAAUUGAUUCCAAAGAUGCGCACAAAAUGAAGUACCCUUCACACCUGCAUGAGUGGUUGGAGAGAGUGAAAUUCAAUCACACAAGAAAGUGGAGGAUGCUUCAUUAUGAGAAAGCUAAAUGGACGCCCCUACAGUUAGCGCUAACUAGUAAAUCAAGAUCAGCGGGCAAAGCCUAAAGUCAUGUACCGAUUUACGGUUCCGUGAAAAUUGAUGAUUUGAUCCCUAUGGGCAUCAGAAAUCUCAAAGAUGUGCAAUAUUUUGAUAGAACUUUAAUCCAUUUGAUAAAUUUUGUGAUGUUUGAAUAAUCGUUUCCUAUGAUCAUGUGUAAAAAACUAUUAUGCA